UCAAUACACACGACCUCUUCAAAUCCCAGAUCCACUCCCCUCCGCGCUCUCUCACCCUCUCUCUAUAUAUGUGUCUUAACACCGCAAAACUUUCUCAUCACCUCAACCUCAAACAAAAACCAACCUGCACAAUCUCAAGCCUUCAAAAAGAUCAAAGAAUUAAUUUGACAGAAAAUUCACAAGGAAAAGUAAAGAAGAAACAUGUCAAGUCUCAAAUCGCCGAGCCUGCUACCAUCUUCAUCUCCAUCAUUGUCGAUUUCGCGCCGGCCAAGGAGAUUUCAAGCAAGUCUCCAGGCUCCAGUCAGUCCCAGCAGAAACAAGCCCAUUUCUUUCCGCAAACAAUCAAGUACUAUGAUCAACAUGGAGGAAUUAUCACUCAGAGAUCAAGACAUGAUCAGCACAAACCCCCGACAAACGGCACACGGAUCAUCUAACAGUGCCGGCGAGUCUCCAAUGUUCAAACUGUACGCAAUAGCCGAGGCAGCUGCAGACAGGGCGGAGAUGCACUCCAUCAUCGGCGAGCAAAGGAAUGACUGGAACAAGCUCCUCCUCUCCUCCAUCAACUCCAUCACUCUCUCCGCCUCCCUUAUGUCUGCAAUCUCUUCCAUUAGUGCUCAGUCUGCCUCGACACCCCUCAACGUCUCGUCCGCGAUCCUAUUCUCUGCGGCCACAGGCAUGAUGGUGCUGGUCAACAAGAUGCAGCCGUCCCAGCUGGCCGAAGAGCAAAGGAAAGCCACGCAGCUCUACAAACAGCUUGAAAAGUCCAUACACACUACCAUCGCCAUAGGAUCGUCUCCUACUGAAACAGACAUAGACGAGGCAGUGGAGAAACUCCUGGCAAUCGACAGGGCUUACCCUCUACCUCUCUUACCGUUGCAAGAUAAGUUCCCGAAAAAGGUACAGCCUGCGCGCUGGUGGCCAAAGCUCAAACCUAGGAAGCGGGUGAUGACGAAGAAGAAGAACAAUGGAUGGAGCCAGGAGAUAGAAGAGGAGAUGAGGGGAGUUGUUCGGCUACUGAAGACGAAAGAUCAGAAUGAGUACAGACAUGUCGGAGAGAUCGCGGUGAAGAUUAACAGGAUGCUGGCCAUAUCAGGUCCUGUGCUCGCUGGACUCGCUGCGGUCGGAGCGAGUGCUUCUUCCUUUUCCUCAGUUGGGGGGUGGCCGGUGAUGCUGGCGGUGGUAGGAGGAGCGAUGGCGACGGUCGUGAAUACCCUGGAGCACGGAGGGCAGUUGGGGAUGGUGUUCGAGUUGUUUAGAAACUGUUACGGAUAUUACAAGGAGAUGGAGGAGGAGAUUGAGAAGAACUUGGGGGAGAGGGAAGUGGACAAGAGAGAGGAUGGGGAGCUCUUCAGGAUGAAGAUUGCUCUGAAACUUGGGAGGAGUCUCUCUGAGCUCAAGUCCCUCUCUUCUUAUGCUUCUCCUUCUUCAUGUAAAGACGAAGACAUCCAGGAGUUUGCUGGCAAGCUGUUUUGAUGAAUAAUAUCAAUUGGUUGGAACGAACUAACAAAUUAAUGUUCAUUUGUUGAUUCAUACAAGUUAAUGACAAUUUCUUUUAUUUUUAUUGAUUAUAUUUUGUAUAUACUGAAAUUUAUA